AUGUAUGUGGUGGAGCCUCACGAGAAUAUCAAUUCAUUGACCACAGCAAUGUACAUUUGCACAGUGACCGUGACCACAGUGGGGUAUGGCGACGUGACACCAACAACGAAUUCUGGCAGAGUAUUGGCUGGAGUGCUAUGCUUUAUCAGCGUGCUUUUUAUGGCGAUGCCGAUCUCCGUGCUGGGAAAUGCGAUGACACAUGCCUGGGCGGACCGGAGCCGCAUAUUGCUGAUGACAAGAACCCGUCAGAGACUCAAGAACUAUGGCUAUGAAGCAAGUGACAUGCCAUCGUUAUUCAGAAAGUUCGACAGCAAUGGAAAUGGCGAACUUACAAUGGAUGAGUUUUGCGAUAUGAUCGGCAAAAUGAAUGUCGGCAUCAGACCAUCAGAGGCGGAGGAGCUUUUCGAGCUCUUCGAUACCGAUGCCUCGGGAGGAAUCGAUGACAAAGAAUUCAUGAAGGCGUUGUUCCCCGAUGACUACCGCAGAAUCUACAUGCGAACGACCACCGCCACAAUGACAUUCACAUAG